AGGUAUGGUGUACUGCUGUAGCGCCGCUCUUCGUCGCCUUGUGGAUGAGGGAGGGAGGCACAAAUCUGGACUUUAAGGGGCUCGGCUUAUACCCCGAUGGACCGAAUGGAAUAUUAUCUGUUUAAGCUCCUUCGGCUGUUCUCCUCAGCUUAGUGAAUCCUCUCCCCCUUUUCAUCCUUCCUUCACUUCGUUCUCUUCCUUUCGAAGCAUCGGCCAGCCUUGGACCAACAGCAUAGAGCUCUGGUGUUACUUACAGAGUCACCAGUCUGUGGGCUGCCUCCUGACUCCUUUCUCUCUGGCAGAUGGACACAUCUCAGAGCAUCUGCGGAAAGGCAGCAUCAGUCCAUCUCCAGCUCGAAUGUUUAGCAUGAUGAUUUAGCGCUUUGGUGCCUCUAGCAGGCAGUAAUUGGGGCCCCACUGGCAUGUGCUGAGGCAUCUGUGGACACGGCACAGCCUGAGGGGAACCAAGGACACCAACAAGAGUGGAAGUUCUCCGCACACUGCCGUCCACAGAGCAUUGGCUGGGCAACGGCCACUCGAACAUGUAGGAGGCGCUUUAGCACUCUUUAAGCAGAUCCGACUUUGCGCCUAAGCUGAGCUCCACAUACCUGAAUCUGACAGCCCCACGCUGACCGAGGAGGGAGGGAGCAGAAGAAGCCAGAGGCCAAAAAGGAGGAGCUACGCAUCCAACAUUAUCCUACCCUCAAGAUGAUGUGCGAGGUCAUGCCCACCAUCUCGGAGGAUGGCAGGCCGGGGGGGCCGUCAUCCCCGGCGGGGGGCGGCGGAGGCGGGGCCGGGAUGGGCGGAGCUGGUGGCGGGUACGAGGGCGGCAGCACGGGGAACCUGGAGUCGCUGAUGGUGAACAUGCUGACUGAGCGUGAGCGCCUCCUGGAGAGCCUGAGGGAGAUGCAGGAGAGCCUGGGCACCGCCCAGCUACGCCUCCGCGAGCUGGGCCACGAGAAGGAGUCGCUGCAGAGGCAGCUGUCCAUCGCCCUGCCACAGGAGUUUGCAGUGCUGACCAAAGAGCUGAAUGUGUGCCGGGAGCAGUUGCUGGAGCGGGAGGAGGAGAUCGGCGAGCUGAAGGCCGAGAGGAACAACACGCGGCUCCUCCUGGAGCACCUGGAGUGCCUGGUGUCCCGGCACGAGCGCAGCCUACGCAUGACAGUGGUUAAGCGGCAGGCUCAGUCUCCAGCCGGCGUGUCCAGCGAGGUGGAGGUGCUGAAGGCUCUCAAGUCACUGUUCGAGCACCACAAAGCGCUGGACGAGAAGGUCAGAGAGAGGCUUCGGGUCGCUUUGGAGCGGGUGGCCGUUUUAGAGGAAGAGCUGGAAUCUUCUUCACAAGAGGUUCUGACAUUAAGAGACCAGAUAAAACGGCAGCAGGGACUGGAUGGUGGCAGAGAGAGGCUGACCAACGGUCCCUCUUCUCUCCUGGAGGAUGGGGACUGUGAGCGGCAGAGGGAGGCGGAGAUCGAGCGGCAGAGAGUGGAGCUCUCACAGCUCAGGGAGCGGCUGGCGCUCAUGUGCCGGCAGGUGGGUGACAUUGAGGAGCAACUCUCAGCAGCCCGAAGAGAAGUAACCAAGUCAGAAGAGGCCAAUCAGAAGCUCCAACGGGAUGUGAAAGAGGCUUUGUGUCAAAGAGAGGACAUGGAGGAGAGGAUCACUACCUUGGAGCGCAGGUACCUCAGUGCCCAAAGGGAAGCCACUUCUCUUCACGACAUCAAAGACAAGCUGGAGAAUGAGCUGGCAAGCAAGGAGUCUCUGUAUAGACAGAGUGAGGAGAAGAACAGGCAGCUGCAGGAGUGGCUGGAUGAUGCCAAACAGAAGCUACAACAGACACUGCAGAGGGCUGAGACCCUGCCAGAGAUCGAGGCCCAACUGGCACAGCGGGUAGCGGCACUCAACAAGGCAGAAGAACGCCACAGCAACUUUGAGGAGCGACUGCGACAGAUGGAAACACAACUGGAGGAGAAGAACCAGGAGUUACAGAGGGCCAGGCAGAGGGAGCGCAUGAACGAUGAGCACAACAAGCGGCUCUCAGACACCGUGGACAAGCUACUGUCCGAGUCCAACGAACGUCUGCAGCUCCACCUGAAGGAGAGGAUGGCAGCGCUGGAGGAGAAGAAUGCACUCUCAGAGGAGCUGGCCAACAUGAAGAAGAUACAGGAUGAUCUUCUAGCAAACAAGGACCAGUUGAUAGCAGAGCUGGAGCGACUUCAACUGGAGCUGGAUCAGCUGAGAGGCAGGUCAGGUUCCUCCUACUCCAGAUCCCUUCCAGGAAGUGCCCUAGAACUGAGGUACUCUCAAGGGGGCGGGUCUGGCUCUCACCUGGAGCACUACAGCAACGCGGCUGCUGGGGGCGUGGUGAGGCGGACUCACCGGGGGCGAUGGGGAGCGCCACGGGAGGAUGCUAGCAAGUACACAGACUGGGAUGGCAGCAGCCUCCUGGGCCCUGGGUUCGAGGGUGGAGUGGAGGGGAGCUGCUCUGAUGAGGAGGAUGAACGAGAGGCGAUGAUAGGCACAGAAGCACUGUCACCUGGCGGGCAGACGGACGUGCAGACGCUGGCCAUCAUGCUGCAGGAGCAGCUGGAGGCCAUUAACAAGGAGAUCAAGCUGAUCCAGGAAGAGAAGGAGAGCACGGAGCUCAGAGCCGAGGAGAUUGAGAGCCGAGUCAGCAGUGUGGCUCUCGACGGGCCCCCUCUACCACCCACCUCACUGGGUGGGGGUCGGGAUGGCUCAGGAAGGGGCUUCAUCCCUUCUUCACUCACUUCCUCCACACUGGCUUCCCCCUCCCCCCCCAGCUCUGGGCACUCCACCCCCCGGCUGCCUCACUCGCCAGCCCGUGACAAUGACAGACAGAACAACAAAGAGGAUGAGAAGGCCCUGGCUCUGCUGGACAGUGCCCCCCCCGCAGCCCCCCGCGCACUGCGGCUGGACAGAAUGACACACACACACCCAGGGGCUCUGCUUGAGGACAGCCGCGAGUUUCGCAGUCUGUCAGUAGACAGCAGCAGCACCAGCAACAUUCAGGACGCACUGCACAAGUCCAGCAAGAAGAAGAGCAUCAAGUCUUCCAUCGGCCGACUUUUUGGGAAGAAGGAGAAGGGGCGUCUGGGGCCCCCUGGCCGCGAGUCUGUGUCUCUGGCCUCCACUCCCUCAGAGGAGCAGGCUUCAGUGGACCCACUGGGCCUGACCAAGCUGACUGGACCUGUGGAUAAAGACCGGCGCAGCAAGAAGAAGCACGAGCUCCUGGAGGAGGCGUGUCGCCAGGGCCUCCCCUUUGCAUCCUGGGACGGCCCCACAGUGGUGUCCUGGCUGGAGCUGUGGGUGGGCAUGCCCGCCUGGUACGUGGCCGCCUGCCAGGCCAACGUGAAGAGCGGCGCCAUCAUGGCCAACCUGUCGGACACGGAGAUCCAGCGCGAGAUCGGCAUCAGCAACCCACUGCACCGGCUCAAGCUGCGCCUGGCCAUCCAGGAGAUGGUGUCCCUCACCAGCCCCUCGGCCCCCGCCAGCACACGCUCGUCAACCGGCAACGUGUGGAUGACUCAUGCGGAAAUGGAGUCACUGACUACAGCCAGCAAACCUGAGGGGAAAGAGAUCAUCUGGGAUCAGAUCCUGGCUUAUGGAGACAUGAACCACGAAUGGGUGGGGAACGAGUGGCUGCCCAGUCUGGGCUUGCCGCAGUACCGCAGCUACUUCAUGGAGUCGCUGGUGGACGCCCGCAUGCUGGACCACCUGACCAAGAAGGAGCUGCGUGGCCAGCUCAAGAUGGUGGACAGCUUUCACAGGGUCAGCCUGCACUAUGGCAUCAUGUGUCUGAAGCGGUUGAAUUAUGACCGUAAGGAGCUGGAGCGGAGGAGAGAGGCGAGUCAGCAGCAGAACAAAGAUGUGAUGGUGUGGUCCAAUGAGCGUGUGAUGUGCUGGGUGCAGGGGGUGGGGCUUAAGGAGUACGCAGACAACUUGGCAGAGAGUGGGGUGCACGGGGCGCUGCUGGCGCUCGAUGACACCUUCGACUACACGGAUCUGGCCCUGCUGCUGCAGAUUCCCAACCAGAACACGCAGGCCCGGCAGCUCCUGGAGAAGGAGUACAACUCCCUAAUUUCCACAGGGACCGAGAGAAGGCCAGAGGAGGACGGCACCAAGACCUUCACCCGCUCGCCCUCUUGGAGGAAGGACCUAAGAGGCGUCACCUCCGACUCCUCGGAGACCCUUCCCCCCAACUUUCGUGCCUCAGCAAUUUCUGCCCCCUCCGUGACCCUGAGGAAAGUCCAGAGUGAGGCGAGCUCUGGGUCCAGAGGGGAGUCAGGAUCAGUGAGAACAUACUCCUGCUGAGGACCUCACUGAGGGGAUCACAUCAUCUGGCAGGUUUGCAAUACCAGACACAGGACCGUCAGAACCACACAGAAGACCUGAUUGUAGGAAGUGGUGCUAACAGUCUGUGUGUCUGUCCCUCUCUGUCCAUAAGUGAGCUGGGCUGGAAUCCUCCUACUCUCCAGAAGGGAUAUCAGCCCUUAAUCUGCCAGUAAUGACACUUUGCUCCCUAUGGCCAUUUUUGCUCCACACCGGGGCAGGUCUUCACCCGGAUCCAUCUUUUAUUAAAGCCAGAGCUAGUGUUCAUGUAGGCCACCUAAUUCAGUUUAAAGGGAUCAAUGAGGUCAAGAUCAGAUGCCACCACAGAUGGGAUCCUUCCAGUCGGUAUGUGAGCAUGGACAGUUCUUACUGUCCUCACAGGGCGCUUACCCAGCUCACGAUGGGCCGAUCUGGCAGAUCAGUCUGAUAGCCACUGAAUGGGAGAAAAGGCAGAGGAGAAACACACAGAUGAAAAGAUUAGCGCUAUGUACAGUAGCCAUUAACUUAGAUGGGCUUGGGGAAGCAAAAAGGCAAGCAGAACGGAAACAUAAAAAGAGAGGAUACUGGGAGACAGGGAGGGGGAGAAAGAGAGCACACUG